AUGAGAAAUCACUAAAUUUUGCUUCUAUAUCUACCCUUCUCAAAGACCAAAUGUCUAUAAAUGUCUACACCACACCUCCUUACAGCAGCACCAGUAAUGGACAAGUAGAAAGGUUUCACAGCACUCUUUCCGAAAUAAUGAGAUGUAUCAAAGCUAACUCCACAGGAAAAAUGGACACCAUUAGAUGCAUACUCCUCUUGACUACUAUUACGACCAGUCUCGCUAGCAUAGAGAUUUUGGACUACACAAACUCUUACCUAGUGACGAUAAAUAACGGACUAGCUAAAAUUCAGGACGGAACAUUUAGACUAAUCCAUAUAAUUGACAUCAACAAGUACGAACAACUUUUGACAGACAUACAGGACCAUAUAACGGACAAAAUCCCCAAAGACACUUUCCUUCGCCCAAUCCUUAAACAUGAAAUAAAUCAAACCCUUGAAAUCCUCGAUACACUUAAACCCACUAAAACAUCCCGAAUUAGAAAGUCAAUAAACAUAUUAGGCACCGCAUGGAAAUAUCUGGCAGGAUCACCAGACCAUGACGACCUCGAAAUCAUUAAUAAGAAUCUUUUGAACCUAAACCAAAAUAAUAACAAACAAGUAAUAAUAAAUGAACUAUUUACUAACAGAAUUAACAAUAUAUCAAAUGUAAUGAAUUUAAUUUCAAAUUCAAUAAGAAAAGACGAUAGUAUAAUAAAUGAAAUUGUAAUUGAUUUACAAAGUAAGAUUAGGUUAAUAAAAGAAGAAUUAGUUAAUAUAAAGUAUGCCAUUCAAUGGGCGAAAACAAAUGUUUUAAAUACAUUAUUACUAAAUAAAGAAGAAAUAAAAACUGCAUUAGAAAAAUUAAGAGAAGAACAAAUGCCAUUUAACAACGCAGAAGAAGCGUUAGAAUUUUCAAAAAUAAAUGUACUAAGUAAAGAAAUGUUAAUAAUUUAUAUGAUAAAAAUACCGCUUACAAAUAGCGAAAUAUUUAGAAGAAUAAUUAUAAGGCCAGUUAAAAAGCCAAAAACAUUGCAAUAA